CUGCUUGAGGGUUGCAUCAGCACCACUCAAGGACAAAUGUUCCUUGAAUGAAUCCAGAAGACCAGAGGGAAGGAGAGGCUGAGUGUCUCCAGAUCCGAGCAGAAAAAAAUUGAGUUUUUUAGCUAGCUCUGUUCUAGGUGAUGAUCAUAGGUCAACUGGGGAUCAACGCAGUGGCCUCAUUGGAAAGAAUCCUCAUCCAUCUGGGUCUUGCCAUCUCUCCAGAAGCCUUACUUUUCUCCCCGCAAACGUACUGGCAGGAAGCAGAUGUCCAAACCUGACACAGGCCUUGCAAACAUUCGGGCUUCCAGAUCCCCAGUGCCCCCUGGUGGCCAGGGACACAAAAUCGCAAGGGUGCAGGCACAGCUCUGGGAGAAGCUGAACACCAGGCUGUGGUGAGUGCCUCUCCAUCUCUCCUCAGCAUCCUUGACCUGCUGCCUCCUCACGACAGUCCGCCCACAUUUUCAGCCUUCGGUCUAGUCCUGACUUUGUCAAAAGGCUCGGUGCCGCGGAGACCACGUGGCGGGUGCGCGGUCUGGAGAAAGCUGUUCGCAGAGAUUUUCAUAGGAGCCCCUGGCUUGCUAAAUACACGUGCUAACACACAGCCUCUUUGCUUCUGUGGAGCAUUUUGGUUCUUGCUCUCAGACUUGGGUAGACGCAGGUGACUGAGAGGAUAGGAGACCGGGGAAACCAAGUAUUUGGACGACCUGAGGCCAGUCUGAGCUGGACCAGAGUGGACGGAAGACAUCUUCAGGGAAGCCUUGACCCUCAAAAUCUGGAAGACCAGCCAUCCCUCAGUUGUACAUCUGUUCUUCUGUGAAUGCACACACGCUUUGCAGUUUUAGUAUACCUCCAGGAUUCUUUUCGGAGCAGAUUCAUCAGGAUGAGCAUGCCGGCUCCACCCAGACUCCUGGACCUGGCAGGUCAGAGCCUGCUGAGGGACCAGGCCUUGGCCAUCGCCACUCUGGAGAUGCUGCCCAUGGAGCUCUUCCCACCGCUGUUCAUGGCGGCCUUCGCUGGGAGGCACAGCGAGACCCUGAAGGCGAUGGUGCAGGCCUGGCCCUUCGCCUGCCUCCCUCUGGGGGCCCUGAUGAAGGAGCAGCAGCCUCACCAGGCGACCUUCCAGGCUGCGCUCGAUGGACUUGAUGUCCUGCUUUCCCAGGAGGUUCGCCCCAGGAGGUGGAAACUGCAGGUGCUAGAUUUACGGAAGAAUGCUCAUCAGGACUUCUGGACCGUGUGGUCUGGGACCAGGGCCAGUAUAUACUCCCUGUUGGAGCCAGAGGUGGCCCCACCCAUGAGGAAGAGGCGAAAAGUGGAGGGUUGCAAGCCAGGGCCCAAGCCACCCUUGGCUCCUGUGGAGGUGCUGAUAGACCUUUGCCUCAAGGAAGGUACCCUUGACGAGUCCCUCGCCUACCUCAUCCAGAAAGUCCAGCAGAGGAAGGGUCUGCUGCACCUGUGCUGUAAGAAGCUGAAGAUUUUCGCAGUGUCCAUGCAGAACAUCAAGAAGAUCCUGAAAAUCAUACAGCUGGACUCUAUCCAGGAUUUGGAAGUGAAUUGCACCUGGAAACUGUCCAUCCUGGGGAAGUUUGCUCCUCACCUGGGUCAGAUGGGCAAUCUGCGCAGGCUCCUCCUCUCGCACAUCCACAUGUCUUCCCACAGCACCCCGGCGAAGGAGGAGCAGUGCGUCAGCCAGUUCACUGCUCAGUUCCUCAGGCUGCACCACCUUGAGGAGCUCUAUUUGGACUCGAUCUCCUUCCUCAAAGACCGCCUGGACCAGGUGCUCAGGUGCCUGAAGACCCCCUUGGAGACCCUGUCAAUAACUAAUUGCCUGCUUUCGGAAUCUGACUUGACACAUCUGUCCCAGCACCUGAACGUCAGUCAGCUGAAGGACCUGGGUCUCAGCGGGGUCAACCUGACCAAUAUGAGUCCUGGGCCUCUCCGAGUUCUGAUAGAGAGAGCCUCCGCCACCCUCCAGGACCUGGACUUGGAUGAGUGUGGGAUCAUGGACUCGCAGUUCACUGUCAUCCUGCCUGCCCUGGGCCGCUGCUCCCAGCUCACAACCUUCAGCUUCUGUGGAAACCCCAUCUCCAUGGCCGUCCUGGAGAACCUGCUGCGCCACACCAUUGGGCUGAGCAAGCUGAGUCACGUGCUGUAUCCGGCCCCCCUGGAGAGUUACGAGGAUGUCCAUGGCACCCUCCACCUGGGCAGACUUGCCCAUCUGCACGCCAGGCUGAAGCAGAUGCUGCAGGAGUUGGGGCGGCCAGGCAUGGUCUGGUUCAGUGCCAACCCCUGCCCUCACUGCGGCGACAGGACCUUCUAUGACCCAGAGCCCAUUCUGUGCCCCUGUUACAUGCCUGCCUAGCUGGAGACACAUACUGGACGCUGAAGCCCAGGUGUAAGUGUAUCUUAAAGGAGCACAGAAGCCACAGUUUGAGAAAAUCUGCCCGAUGUGAGCAGGAAAAGGAAAGGUGAUUGUUGGGAGGAGAGGAUGUUGACUUGGGAGUUAAUAGGAUCUCUGGGGAGAUGCAUCUUAGAGCGUUAGAAAUAUGAAUCUGAAUUUCUAGAGGGAGAUUUGGGUUUGGGCGGUAGAUGUGGGCGUUAUCCCUGCAUGGAUGGUUGUAAAGACAUGGUCAGAAAUAAAGACAACCUCAGU